GUUCGACUAUCUUUAUUGAGUUUUUUUCUUUUUUUGAAUAGAGAAGGCAGAAGUCAUACAACACUGCCAAAAUGUUUGUGCACGUUGGUGGUAGGUUAAUGCAGGAUGAUGGCCUUAAAUAUGUUGAUGGGAAGUGCAAUGUGUUUUAUGUAAACCCUGAUAAAAUAACAGUGUGGGAGUUUUAUAGAAAGGUUGAACUUUGUAGGUGUGAUCCUGAUAUGGUAGAUGAGAUAUGGUAUUUGCAACUGGAAAGAACUUUAGAAGAUGGCUUAGUGCAAAUUGUUAAUGAUGAUUCUGUGAGAGAGGUGUUGGAAAUUAUAAAGGUUGUUAAUGUUAUCCACAUUUGUGUACUUCAUGUCCCCAACUUUGCAUUUGUAGAACUAGUGCUUCCUUUACCAGCUCCUGGGGAUGAUCAGAGGGAGGAAAAUGAUAAUGUAGGUGACAAUUUCCAACCUAAUGUUACUGAGGAAAGUGCUGGUGGUGAAACUUUGGAUGGGGUUGCUGCUAAUGUUAAUGAGGAAAGGGUUGGCUCUAAUACUACUGGACCUAGUACACAACAUUUAAAUGAAGAUGAUGAGAUAGGGAGUGAUGAAGAAGAUAGCUAUAUCUCAACAUCGAAUGAGGAAGGGAGUGAAGUUGAAAAUGGUAAAAGGAGACAAGUUACACAUAGGGUUUACCAAGAUCUAGGAGAUGACGGGACUCUUGACAUUAAACUAGGGAUGAUUUUUGCCAGCAAGCAACAAUUUAGGGCUAUUGUUGAUAAAUGGAACCUCAAGGAUAGAAGAGAUAUAAAAUGGAGAAAAAGUGACAAGUUAAGAUGUAGGGCAGCAUGUGUGAAGGCACUAGAUUGUCCAUGGCAAAUUCUUUUAGCAAUGGACAAACCAACAGAAUCUUGGAUGGUGAAGACAUUUGUGUCUGAGCAUACAUGCACCUGGCGGUUAAAGAACAACAAGCGAUGUAGCUCAAUAGUGGUUGCUAAGUACUUGGUGAGGCAAAGAGGGUUUACUGCCUUAUACUUGAAGCGAAAUGACAUUUUUAAGUUCAUUAGGAAAGAGUUGAGUGUUGAGUUAACUCACCAUCAACUGAAGAAGGUCAAGGAGAAGAUUGCGAAGGUAUUUGAGGGGGAUUGCAAGAUGGAGUAUGGCAAGUUAUGGGAUUAUGCUGCAGAGCUCAAAUUGACAGACCCUGCUACCACCAUCAUUAUUGAGGCAUCAAGACCAACAACAGAUUUAAAUCCUGUUUUCUUAAGGAUGUAUAUCUGUUUUUUUGCAAUGAAGUUGGGUUUUGUAGCUGGUUGCAGGCGUGUUAUUGGGGUUGAUGGUGCAUACUCCUUUGUGUGAAAGGAGCACACAAAGGAGUAUUGUUGAUUGCUGUUUCUAGGGAUGCAAAUGACUAGAUGUAUCCGCUUGCAUGGGUAGUUGUGGAAAGUGAGGCGACAGAGACUUGGACCUGGUUCCUUGAAGAGUUGCAGAAAGACAUGAUAAUUGGUAGUGAAAGGCAUUGCACUUUUAUUUU